UACUCGAGUGUACUGACCUCGAUCUCGUCCAUUCAUUCAGUCCUUUCACUGAAAAACCGUUUCUUUCCAAUACUAUUGCCUCAGUGUUUCUGCAUACCGAUGAAAACGCUAUCCGUCUUCUCGAGGGAUAUAUGGCCAGUUUAAGAAUGUCCGGCCAUCAGUUCAUUUCUAGUGUUGUGUAGAAUCAAUUGGUGAACAAUAAACUAUUAGUUAGUAUUAAAUAUGUUGUGAUAAUUCUCUUAAACAAGAAAUUGUGCUGGCCAUAAAAUGAAAAGUUAUUUCCUUCCAUUUGCUGUUCUAUUUCUCACGUCGUCUGGUAUCAGUGGCUUGAUAAUACCUGAAGAGUUGCCAACUAUUUUAUCUCUAGUAUAUUCACAUAUACCACCAAUUCGAACAGGUACUGAUUCGAGAUUUGGAGUUGGAUUCCGUCUUGGUCAACAUGCCGACUUUCAGGCUUUGGUUGAACUUGGACCACAAAUAGAAACUCAAAAAAUCGGUGCCUCUGAUAAUAAACGUAGACGACAAGCGAUGUUGGACGCUGCGGUACGUGGAGACAUGGGACCGUUAUCAAAGUCGAUUGCCGAAUUCAAUAUUGCCAAAAUGAAACACAAGCAAGAAGUUACCUUGAAGCAAGUCGAGGAACAAAAGGAUGAUCCAAGUGACUGGUUAAGAAAAUGGAGUAAAGAGGUAGGUAAAAAAGAGGCAAAUAACGGCCUAAGUCCCUCGCCGCGAUCGGAAAUCCAGCAAAUUCGAGUGUCUUCAGAAAGUAAAAAAACACAUGUCAAGAAAAAAUAUGUUGAAUAAUAUAAAUGUGUGGUAACAUUGGAAAGUAUUGCCUUCAUAAACUUGAGCAAUAAAGUAGUUCAGCCUAGAGAUGUUACCGUCCAUGACAUCAAUCGACAUUGCACUGUAAGAAUUCUCUCUUGAAAUAAAUACAUCUUGUGAGGUUCAAAAAAA